AUGAAAUACUACAAUCAGAGCCAGUCGUCUCGCGCCUUGGAGAUGAUCGUCCAGGCCUACUGGAUUGAAUGCUAUGAAGCACGUAUUGCCGUCAUCCGGCUGGAGAACCCGCAUUUAUCCAGUACUGAGGCACGAGUGACUGCACUGAAAGAGGCCUGUGCAGUCCUCAGCUGGAAGGAAAAGGACCUCCGAAACAGAAUGGCAAUCUGGCGUGGGUACAAGGAAAUCAAAGAUGCAGGCGGCUGGCCCGCCCUGAUCUUCGCCAGCUCCGGCGUCUACCGGUUCUGCAAAUACCGCACCGGCUUUAGCGAGGGUUUCUCGACGCGUCUGCGCCAUAUCCGGUCGAGUCUGGAAGUUGCAGCCGACACCCUCCACCCCGAAUGGAGGGAUCUGUUGCACGUCAUCGGCCAGGGGGAUACCCGGCGCCAGUACCAUGGCCACCCCCAUGAGUGGGUGACAGUCACAGGAGCGCCAGCACUACCCCUGCACGCGACCUAUGCGCAUCUCAAUCUGCCGAACGGGUUCGUAUAUCGCUUCAUUGACGAGUGUGUGCUCGAUACGACAGUAUUUGGGGAGGAAGAUCCCCGUCGUGUACCCGAUCUGGAUCCGGAUAUCUGCCAGGUCUGCAAGUCGAAACAGGCGGACGACGUCGAACAGAACCAAUGCUCGUGUUUUCCGGCGCUAUUCGGAGGCGUCAAGGGACCGGCUCCUGUUCAGAUAUUCAGUACCGCCAGCGGAAAGAACAAUGGCGUAGUGGCCCGUGUGAACUUUGACCGCGGGGCGGCCAUCGGCGAAUUCGUCGGGCUUAUAACAAAUGGCAUCUCGGGCGUAGAUGUCAUGGUAGGCGGCACAAAGAGCAGGACGUACCAGAUCUACCAGGGCGAGAUGGGCAACUUCACCCGGUUUAUCAAUCAUUCCUGCCGGCCCAACAGCCAGUUCCAGCGGUUCUACUGGCGCGGCCAGGAGCGAAUCAUUGUGGUUUCACGAGGUGUAGUAGCGGGGAGGGAGAUCACAGUAGAUUACUCGGACCAUUAUUGGAAGCAGUUGAAUAAGGUCUGUCUGUGUGGGGAGUUGUGCUGUCGAUUCAGAGAGUCGAAUCGGUGA